AUGGUUGUCAUCAGUGUUCCGGAUAGCUACGGCUCCGUCAUCGCCGUUGCCCUAGGCGCGAUCCCCUUCCUAGGCUUCGUCCAUGGUCUCAUCGUGACCAGCAGUCGCAAAGAAGCCAACGUGCCCUAUCCCCACAGCUACGCGACCAUUGAGCAAUGCAAGUCCAACCCCAAAGCCGAACAAUUUAACUGCGCCCAGCGCGCCCACGGCAACUUCCUCGAGAACGCUCCGCAGACCAUGCUCUUCACGCUUGUCGCGGGUCUCAAGUACCCCGGACUGGCUACUAGCAUUGGCGCCGCAUGGCUCGUGUGCCGGUCUGUGUUCCUUUAUGGAUAUGUCUACUCGGGCAAGCCACAGGGUAAGGGACGGUUGAUGGGUAGUUUCUUUUGGUUGGCGCAGGGGGCUUUGUGGGGAUUGAGUGUGUUUGGGGUUGGGAAGGAUUUGAUUUCUUACUAG